AUGCGUGUGGUUCUUGUCAGCGGUGGUGUCAUUUCUGGCGUUGGAAAGGCCUCCUCGGCCGGUCUCCUACUCAAGACCAAAGGUCUUAGAGUGACGGCGAUCAAGAUCGACCCUUACCUGAACAUCGAUGCUGGCAGUAAGCAGGAACUCCUCACUCUUGAUCAAGCUGUGUCUCAUGCUGACUUUGAUUCUUCCAGCUUUGGGUCCUCUGGAGUAAGAAUUUUCUCUCAGAGGUCUUGUAACCAUUCGAGCACGGCUGACUGGGAUGAUUUUGAAAGGCAUGGAGAGUGUUUCGUCCUCGCAGACGGUGGAGAGUGUGAUCUCGAUCUCGGAAACUACGAGAGGUAUCUUGGCAUCCACUUGAACCGGGACAAUAACAUCACCACCGGCAAGAUCUACCAAGCCGUCAUCUCACGCGAGAGGAAAGGCACAUACCUCGGCCGCACCGUGCAGGUCGUUCCUCACAUCACAGACAUGAUCCAGGAAUGGAUAACUCGUGUCGCCAAGGUCCCGGUUGAUGACUCCGGCGCAGAGCCCGAUGUCUGCAUUAUCGAGUUGGGUGGCACGAUUGGUGAUAUCGAGUCGGCUCCUUUCGUCGAGGCUCUGGUGCAGCUCAGGCAUAAGCUCACCAAAGAUCCCAACUCGUCAUUCUUCAACAUCCAUGUCAGUUUUGUGCCACUGAUCCACGGUGAGGAGAAGACCAAGCCCACCCAGCAUGCCAUCAAGCAAAUGCGCAGUGCCGGUUUGAUUCCGGAUCUUAUCGCCUGCCGUUGCGAUAUUCCCCUCGAGAACUCGACCAUCCGCAAGAUCGCCUCGAGUUGCCAAGUGGACAAUGAGCAGGUCAUCGGAGUCCACGACAUGGAGACCAUCUACCAGGUGCCCCUCCUCCUUCACGAGCAGGGCCUGCUCCAGCGGCUGCAGACGGGGCUGGACCUCGACAAGCUGACGCUGGCGCCCGCCAUGACGGCCAAGGGCGACUCCCUCUGGGAGCUCUGGAAGAAGACCAUCAUCAUCCCGCCAGAGUGCCCCCCUGUCCACAUCGCCCUCGUCGGCAAGUACACGUCUCUGAUGGACAGCUACACCUCCGUCGUUAAGGCGCUGGAGCAUGCCGCGAUGCGGUGCCGCAGGAAGCUCGUCCUCAUCCCCGUCGACUCUGAGCAUCUUGAGUCGACUACCCAGCAGAAGGACCCUGCCAAGUAUCACAAGGCUUGGCACGCUGUCUGUGAGGCUCAUGGUGUGAUCAUUCCAGGCGGUUUCGGUCAAAGGGGCACAGAGGGCAUGAUCGCCUGCGCAAAGUGGGCGCGCGAGACCAAGCGCCCCUUUUUGGGCAUCUGCCUAGGCAUGCAGGUCGCCACCAUCGAGGUCUCGAGGUCCCUGUGCGGCCGCCCCCAUGCCACCUCGGAGGAGUGGCACGAUGACCACCAGAACAAGGACAACUGGGCCGUCGUCUUCAUGCCCGAGUCGUCCAAGGAGCAACUCGGCGGCACCAUGCGGCUGGGCACCCGGCCGAGCUACUUCCAGGAGGGCACCGAGUGGAGCAAGCUGCGCGCCCUGUACAACGGCGCCGAGGUCAUCCACGAGCGCCACCGCCACCGGUACGAGGUGAACCCGGAGCAGAUCGACGAGCUGGAGAAGGCCGGCCUGCACUUCGUCGCCAAGGACGAGACCGGCCGGCGCAUGGAGGCCUUUGAGAUCAAGGACCACCCCUUCUACGUCGGCCUGCAAGCCCACCCCGAAUUCCUCAGCAAGGUCACCGAGUCCUCGCCGUGCUUCCUGGGCCUCGUGGCCGCCAGUGCUGGGGUCCUAGAGCCCAUCAUUGCCGAGGUCAAGGCCCACGGCUCGACAGAGAGGUAG